CGUUUUCAAUUCUCGAAGCAAACCAAGAUGGCGGCCGCCUGUAAGGGGAGGAAGUAGAAAAUAGUGAACAAAUUACAUUAAAAAUUACCGUUUAUUGUUAAAAUUUAAAAGUAGAAAUUGAGUCUGAAGUGAAAAUGGUAUGUUCAUGAAAUGAUUGAAAGGGUUCAGUGUACAGAAAAGGCAUAUUUUGGGCCAAGAUAAUAUGGGGGCCCAACAAGCAAAAGAGACAAAAUCCGGGAAACGAGAAAGGAAAACAAAGGAUAAUCGGCAAAUUAUUCAGAAUUUUGCUCAAGACUCAAAUGAAACCAUAUUCCAGGCAAGGCCUCUACCUGAUGCCCCGGGGUCAGGCUUGGAUACCCUCGGGUCAAAAUGGAUGUCCAAAGAGAACCUCCUAGCUAACCAGGCAGAAGAUGAUCCCAACUUGUUUGUAGCUCUGUACGAGUUUCAGUCAGGGGGAGACAAUCAACUUACAAUUGUUAAAGGAGAGCAGAUGACAAUAUUAGGGUAUAACAAAGGUGGGGAAUGGUGUGAAGUCAAGAACAAGGCUGGUGAGAUAGGCUGGGUACCAAGCAACUAUAUAGCCCCUGUGAACAGCCUGGACAAGUUUAGCUGGUACCAUGGGCAGAUUUCUCGGAAUGCCUCAGAGUAUUUACUGAGCAGUGGUAUUAACGGAAGUUUCCUUGUCCGAGAGAGUGAAAGUAGUCCCGGUCAACGGUCAAUCUCUGUUAGGUAUGAGGGUCGAGUUUAUCACUACAGAAUUAGCGAAGAUUCUGAUGCAAAGGUAUAUGUGACAGUUGAUCAUAGAUUUAACACGUUAGCCGAACUUGUCCAUCAUCAUUCUAUACAUUCGGACGGCCUUGUUACAACGUUACUCUACCCUGCACCAAAGAGGACAAAACCGACGGUGUUUGGUUUGAGCCCGGAACCGGACCGCUGGGAAAUAGAGAGGACCGAGAUUGCAAUGAAGCACCGGUUAGGUGGUGGUCAGUAUGGUGAUGUGUACGAGGCUGUGUGGAAACGAUACAAUAAAACCGUUGCUGUCAAAACUCUGAAGGAGGACACAAUGGCCUUGAAGGAUUUCCUAGAAGAGGCAGGAAUCAUGAAAGCUAUGAAACAUCCCAAUCUUGUUCAACUGUUAGGUGUGUGUACAAGGGAGCCCCCAUUUUAUAUUGUCACAGAGUUCAUGACCCAGGGAAAUCUGUUAGAUUUUCUCCGAGGCCGCAACAAAGAAGAUAUAGGACCAACUAUAUUAAUGUACAUGGCUACACAGAUAGCGUCAGCCAUGGCUUAUUUAGAAGAAAAACUUUUUAUACACAGAGAUCUGGCAGCAAGAAAUUGUUUGGUAGGAGACAGUCAUUUAGUAAAAGUGGCCGAUUUCGGUUUAGCGAGGCUCAUGAAGGACGACACAUACACCGCCCAUGCUGGCGCUAAAUUUCCCAUCAAAUGGACGGCACCAGAGGGACUUGCUUUCAACAGAUUCUCAACAAAAUCUGACGUCUGGGCAUUUGGAGUGUUGCUAUGGGAACUAGCUACCUAUGGUAUGUCACCAUAUCCUGGGGUGGACCUCACAGAGGUGUACCACUUGUUAGAGAGGGGAUACAGGAUGGAACGGCCCCAGGGUUGCCCCGCCCACAUUUACCAGCUCAUGAUGAGAUGUUGGCAAUGGGACCCUAAAGACCGACCAACUUUUCACGAUAUUUUAUUGUCAUUAGAGAAUAUGUUUGAUAAAACUAAUGUGAACGAUGAAGUGGAAAAGGAACUUGAGAAAACUGACCCUGGUGGUAAGAAAGUGCGAGCCCCAAGCUCUGAAAGUAGUGAUGGCCGACACAGUGCAGGUCCAACACCACCAGCUGGAAGGAGAGUUCUUCCCCCUGAUACAGAUUUUAGUCUUCAGCAAGUUAGUGAUAUUCUUGGACGUAAAUCAGGUGGUCGGAAGAAGGGCUCGGCACCAACCCCUCCCCGUCGCACGGUUUCUGCCAUCAAAGAACAAGAAGAGAGCCCUGAAUCAGAGUUGAAAUCCAAAAUGAAAAAACAAAAAGCUAAAAUUGAAAGUAGCACAAUACCGGAAUAUCCGUUUGAGUCGAACAAUUUUGCAAAUACUACAGAUCUGAGUGAAUUUAUUAAUGCUCCACGUAUUCCACAAAUGCCCCCAAGUCAGAAGGGCUUCCAGAGAGCAGAUAAUUCUAAGGAAGCGGGAGGAGCAAAAAGUGGCGACCCUCGAACUGGAAUGGAGGAUUCUGGGAUUUCACGUGGAACUGGAAGUAGUGACAGUUUAAAGCAUUUAGCUAUAGACAAGUCGAAGUAUAUGAUAAAUACAGAGACAGCCACUCGUUCAAAUGAUACUAAAUCUCCCCGACUGCAACAGGGACAAGACCCGCGUAGCAGUGGGAGAAAAUUUUCGUACCCAAUGAUUAAACAGGAAUAUAAAGCAGCUAAUGAAUCUGCUGGCACUCGUAGUGUGGACAUUGGAACUAGUACAGGUGAUGAAAAUUUACACGUGGCUUCAACCAGUUUCCGUGGAAAGCAGUAUCCCAAGGUGCCUUUACCGCUGCCACAGUCAGCGAGUUUACGUAAAAAACGUAUAGAGCGUCCAAAAUUGAAUACCAGUCAUAGUAUGGAUGCUGAGAGCGACGAAAUAGUUACUGUAGGUAAAUUAGAUGUAAAUAAUGUUACGCAGACUAUUAAUAGAUAUGGAACCAUUCCUAAGGGCGUUAGAAUUGGUGAAUAUCUUGCUUCGAUGCAAAGUGACGCUGCUGCUCAGCAACAUCGGGAAUUAUCUACGGUAGAAGAUCAUGACUCAGGUACAGAUACCGCUAGUGUUUCCUCGUGUCCGGUUUUACAUCCGAACGGGGUUCAGCAUAACUUGGCGGGCAAUACAAGUGGGGUUGUGGGCGUGUCUUCAGUGACAUCGGGGUCGAUGGGUGCUAGGGGUGAUAACGAGGGUGGUGGUAUACAACAGGAAUCAAACGUUAGACCCUCGGCGGUGGUGAAAUCUCAGUCCUCACAUGUGAUAGUAGAUAACCCAAAAGCUCAAUACAGUGGUCUACAGCGACAAAAAUCGGACCUUAUUCCUGGCUCAAAGCCAACUGUCGAGGGGAGGGAAUCACCUCUUGGUGAUCAACGACCAAAACCUAGUCCUAGAUUCUCAAGACUUUUCUUAGAUCAAACUGAAAAUGUGUUAAAAUUAGAGGAACCUGAUAAACAUUCAAUUCAUAGCCCUCCAGAUCGGCCUGUUUCUUCCCCAAAACUUGGGGGACAGAAUCGUCCUAAAGACUUGACACAAAGUCAGUCAAGCGAGUCCACUCUUGUAAGUAGCCCCGAUUCAGUAUUUGACCCGAGAACACGGGGUUCGCUGGAACAUAAAGUUCCUUUACGACCUCCGUUUCAACAGAAACCCAGAUCUGGUUCCGCCACUGAAGAAUUUCAAAGAGAGGCUGGAGAUUCAGCAAAUGUAGGUGGUGGGGACACUAAUUCUAAUGCCUCUGUGUUAUCAAAAGUAGCAAAGUUUCAACCUGUGGGUUCUGAAUUUAGUUCCUUUAGGCCGUUUCAGCGUGGAGAGCAGGGGCGUGAUUCAUUCAAAGAUGACAAAAACUUAAAAAUUCCACCAGAUGUACCAAAUAAACCUCGAGCUCCGGACGAAAAGCCGAUUAUAAGUGGACUUAAACCGGUUGGGGCAGGUACCCCAACCUCUAACAAAUCAGUUGUUGAAAGUUUUAACAAUGGUGAGAGUGCCGAAGAUCCAGCUGAAAAACCAGUAACAAAAGAAACUAUAGUAAGUGCUUCAGAUAGACUAAAAUUGUGUAUAGACUCUUUAUCAACUGUAGGGAACAAAUCAAGUGUGAAUUUUAUGGAGCUCGUAGAGGAAAUGCAAUCUUUUUAUGAAAUGUGUUCUGUGUUUAUAGAUAGUUUGCCUCCGCAUGCGAAGUUUCACACGAAAGAACUUCUGUCCCGGUUGCAGUCGCAGCAGCAGAAUUUGAAAACUUUUACGAGCUCGACACCCUCUGGUGGCGGGAAUUUGCUCGGUGAUAUCCAAUCAGUGAAUAAAGAAAUAAAGGAAGUUAUACAGAGAUAAGGCUACACAACGUUUAGAUCUUAUUUAGUAUAUAUGUGCUGUAAAUUCAUUUAAUUUUGUGAGCUGUUUAAAUUCAUGGGUUUGUGUUGAACAUUUAAAUUUGUAGGUUGUACUUUUUCUUCAACAACCACAAAAGCCUUGAAAAAAUUUUAAAAUUCUUCAUGAAAAUUUUACUAUUUUCCUGAACAAUUCAAUGGCUUGUUUAUAAUAAUAUAGGGAAUUUAAAUCAGUUUUAAUAUAAUGCUGCAAUGGAAAUGUUUUGUACCAUUUCUUGUGAAAGAAUUAUUUCCAGGACAUAUAAGAAAGGUGCAAUACAGCAGAAGUAUUGGAAAUUUACAGUAAAAAUAAAUUCAACAAAAUGUAAAAUUUAAUAAAGUAUUAUGUUUUAUUUUGGGUUUUUAUUAUUGAUAGAAAUGGCAUAUUGUAGGUUUAAAAACUUUUGGACUACACAAAAAAUCAAAAAUCAACUUUAUUGGAGUUAUAUUCUAUUAAGUUAUAUUAUUAUACUUUAAACAAAGUAGGGUUUCAUGUUAAAAUACAAGAGAUCUUGUUUUAAAAAUUGUUUUGGACUUUUUUGUCGCAGAAUGUUAUUGGCCUCCAAAUCUGUGCCGUCUGAUCAUAGUCUGCACUGUUUGCUGUCCAUUACAUAUUUUGAAAUUUUCCCUAAAAUCAAUUGUCUUGAUUGAAAGAUGGAUAAGUCCAUAAACUUAUUUUCUGCAAUAAUUCUCCAGAAGUUGUGGUGUUAAUGUAAGGUAUUUAAUACAUUACUGUAGCACAUUGUUCUUUAGGCUUUUGCCAAUAGUUUUUCAUCCUU